CUUUCUGUUUGUAGCUGAGUACUUAACCAUCUGUGCCACCUAGAGACUCCAAUCUAUGUCUAGAGCCUAUGUUUUAACCACUGUUCUUCACUCUGUUUCUGAUCUCAUCAGAUGAAGCAUCCAUGCCUGGUCAGAACCAUAGCACUGUGUCUGAAUUCAUCCUCAUUGGCUUCUCCAACUUCCCCCAGCAGCUCAUACCAGCUUUCUUCCUCUUGUUUCUGCUGAUGUACCUGUUCACACUACUGGGGAACCUGCUCGUCAUGGCCACCAUCUGGAGUGAGCGCAGCCUCCACACGCCCAUGUACCUCUUCCUGUGUGCCCUCUCCAUCUCCGAGAUCCUCUACACCUUCACCAUCAUUCCGCACAUGCUGGCCGACCUGCUCUCUACCCACCACACCAUUGCCCUCGUGGCCUGUGCCAGCCAGAUGUUCUUCUCCUUCAUGUUUGGCUUCACCCACUCCUUCCUGCUCACAGUCAUGGGCUACGACCGCUAUAUGGCCAUUUGCCAUCCUCUGCGCUACAACAUCCUCAUGAAUCCCCGGGGUUGUGCUUGCCUGGUGGCCUGGUCCUGGGCUGGGGGUUCUGUCAUGGGGAUGGUGGUGACAAUGGCCAUUUUCAACCUCACUUUUUGUGGCCCCAAUGAAGUCCACCAUUUCUUCUGCCAUGUGCCGCCCCUUGUGAAGUUGGCCUGUGGGGACAAUGUCUUUGCUGUGGCCAAGGGCGUGGGCCUGGUGUGCAUCACAGCUCUGCUGGGCUGCUUUCUCCUCAUCUUCCUCUCCUAUGCCUUCAUUGUGGCCACCAUCUUGAAAAUCCCCGUGACUGAGGGUCAACACAAAGCCUUCUCCACCUGUGUAUCUCACCUUAUUGUGGUUGUUGUGCACUAUGGCUUCGCCUCUGUCAUCUACCUCAAGCCCAAAGGUAGCAACUUUCUGGAAGGUGACACCCUCAUGGGCACCACUUACACAGUCCUCACAACUUUCCUCAGCCCCAUCAUCUUCAGCCUCAGGAACAAGGAGCUGAAGAAUGCCCUGAAGAAGACCUUUCUCAGCAAAAUCUUUCCCCUGAGCUUCUAA